CAGCUUUGCAGGUUCACACUCUUCAUCUUCUUCUCCUCUACUUAACCAAACGACUACCUUCUCCAUUGACAACAAAUCGAAGUCUAUAAAGAAACAUUAAAGAUGAGGCCUAUUAGCAGCGGUAACACAGCAGAAGCAGCAACUAUGCCUUCAUUGUCACCGCCGGAAAAGGCGCAACCUCGCUCUCCAUGGCACUCACCCGUGCCAUACCUCUUCGGAGGCCUAGCAGCCAUGCUGGGUCUCAUUACGUUUGCUCUCUUGAUCUUAGCUUGCUCCUACUGGCGACUUUCCGGUCGCUUGGACAACCACGCUGAAGGAGGUCACGCCGAAAGGGAUGUCGAAAGCGGUGGAAAUGAGAGUGAAUCAACCAAGCCGGUGAAGGUUUAUGAGGAGAAGAUUCUGGUUAUAAUGGCUGGCGACGAGAAUCCCACGUUCUUGGCUACUCCUGUAUGCACUAAAGUUUCCACGUUCGGUGAUAAAUAUGGUAAACCCGAGGAAAAUGAAGGACCAGAGAAACCUGCUAAUGGUGAGAAAGUGAAAGAAGAGAUGGGCAGGGACGAUGAAGAACGAUUGUCAACUAUAACAGAGAACUCGGAAAACCACGAGAACCAUGCCAGCCAACCAACCCCAGACCAAAAUUAAACCAGUGAGCUUAGCUCUUACCUCUCAGUUUCUCUUCUUUUUUCUUUUUUGUUUUGUUUCUCUUUGGAGAUAGUGAGAGGUUUUUCACUGUUUUUGAUUU